UUGAACUAUAUACAAAUUUGUACAUGUCUGGAAGUGGUGGAACUGCGAUUUUCAAAUGGAAGAAAUUGAGGGCAAUAAGGCUGCUCUGCUUCUCCAAUCACAGUCACCGUUUGACCCAGAUUUGCCCCAUUUCGACCCAUCUCAAUAAUCUUCAUGCUUCGAGUUAUCGCCGCCGGGAAUCGUUUAUCGGCGUUCAGGAGCGUUAUAAAUGGGACAACGGCGGGUCUGGUUCUGAUGAUUUCCAUUCACAGUCCUACAACACAAGCACCCCAAUCCGUAAGAUUCGGGCCGAGGCUAAUUGUCCACGUUGCUCUAAGCAUAUGGAUAUUCUCUUUUCCAACCGCCAUUUCCCAACCCUUAAUCCCCCUUCUUCUUCUCUUCCAUCUUCUUCCGAUGCUCCUCCGAACCGAAAAGAAGCUUACGAAGCUGUUAAUUUGUGUCCCAAUUGCAAGACCGCUUACUAUUUCCGCCCUUACAAGAUCGCUCCUCUACAGGGCAGUUUCAUCGAGAUCGGCAAUCUGAAUUCCAGACCGAAGAAUUCCUUAGAAAGAAGAAUUACUACCAAAGAUGGUAAAGGUAAUGCCAUCGCCGGUUCUCCAGAUGAAAAUUAUGUGAAUAGUAGGUUGAGAGUCUCGUUUUUCGAAACUGCAAGAUUGUAUGGUGGAGAACCGCCUGAGAAUUGGCCUCCUGGACCGCCUCCCGUUAAUGGGCUGGCGGUGCAUUCUCCUCCAGGUCCGCCAUAUGCGCCUGGUGUGAACUUCAUUCGUGCUACAGGUCCUGGUGGAAGCACCUCGGGUUCGGGUGGAAAUGGCGCUGGUGAUGGGAAGAAGAGUGAGUGGGGAGGAUCGAAUUUGGGGAAGGAUCUACCCACUCCUAAAGAGAUUUGCAAGGGCUUGGACAAAUUUGUUAUUGGCCAAGAAAAAGCCAAGAAGGUACUUUCUGUGGCAGUACAUAACCAUUACAAACGAAUAUAUCAUGCUUCCUUGAAAAAAUGCGCACCAGGAAUUGAAUCAGAAACCCAAGAUAUGAUAGAUGAUGAUGAUAACGUGGAGCUUGAAAAGAGCAAUGUUCUCUUGAUGGGUCCAACAGGCUCUGGGAAGACGUUACUUGCGAAGACUUUAGCUCGCUUUGUCAAUGUGCCAUUUGUCAUUGCUGAUGCUACAACUUUAACACAGGCUGGUUAUGUUGGAGAAGACGUUGAAUCAAUUUUGUACAAGCUACUUGCUUCAGCAGAAUUCAAUGUACAAGCAGCUCAGCAAGGGAUGAUUUACAUUGAUGAAGUUGACAAGAUAACAAAGAAGGCUGAGAGUUUAAAUAUUAGCAGAGAUGUUUCUGGUGAGGGCGUUCAACAGGCAUUAUUGAAGAUGCUAGAAGGAACCAUAGUAAAUGUUCCUGAGAAGGGGGCAAGGAAGCAUCCUCGGGGUGAUAACAUUCAGAUAGAUACAAAAGAUAUUUUGUUUAUAUGUGGCGGAGCGUUCGUAGAUCUAGAAAAGACAAUCUCUGAUAGACGGCAAGAUUCUUCUAUUGGUUUUGGAGCACCUGUUCGUGCUAACAUGAGAAUGGGCGGGGUAACAAGUGCUGCAGUUACAUCAUCAUUAUUGGAAACGGUUGAGAGUUCUGAUCUUAUAGCAUAUGGCCUCAUACCCGAGUUUAUUGGGCGUUUUCCAAUUCUUGUUAGCUUAUCAGCCUUAACUGAAGACCAGCUUGUCCAGGUCCUCACUGAACCGAAGAACGCUCUUGGCAAGCAGUACAAGAAGUUGUUUAGCAUGAAUAAAGUGAAACUGCAUUACUCAGAGAAAGCGCUGAGACGGAUUGCCCAGAAAGCAAUGAACAAGAAUACUGGUGCCAGAGGAUUAAGAGCCAUACUAGAAACCAUUCUUACUGAAGCCAUGUAUGAGAUUCCAGAUGUUAAGACUGGAGACGAUAGAGUAGAUGCUGUUGUUGUCGAUGAAGAGUCCGUUGGCUCGGUAAAUUUGGCUAGUUGUGGAGGGAAAAUUCUUCGUGGGGAUGGAGCAUUGGAGCGCUACCUGGCUGAGACCAAGUUGAAAGAAUCACAGGAUAAUUUGGAGGUGAUUGAGUUACCGGAAGGUGAGACAGAGCUGUCAUCAAGAGCCGUGAGUAUAUAGAAACAACGUCAAGAUAACCACGAUAGUUCUAAAAUACAUUUGUUUUCCCUUUUUUGGGUUUAUGGUUUUUCUGGGGGGAAAAACAAUAAAAUACAUUCAUAACAAUAUAUGGUGUAAUUACCCCAUUCUAACACCGCAUACCUCAGGUUCAGUUCAUUGUAUUAGGGAAGAUGAAGGAAAGAAGGCAUUCAUCAUUUAGGCUAUAACAUCAUCUAUGUCUAAAUAAAUCUCUAAAAUGCAUUAAAUUAUAAAGGUAGUCUUUGAAUUUUGAUUU